UCCUUCCAUCCACCACCAUCCAUGCUUGCGCCGGGACUGCUCCAACCUAAACGAGCCUGACAGGUCGAACGCAUGUGCUCGCCGCAAAUUUCUCCCAACUCGUCGCGCGCUCUAUCUCCUCCUCCUCCUCCUCCUCCUCCACAACUUUCCCUCCCCGCCUCCCGCCAGCGCAUCCAACAUCACCUCCAACCUGCUGCCCGACCGAGUCCACGUCCUGCCAUCCGUUUUGGCGCUGGCGCCUGGUGAAGCGCUUUGCUUCCUCGAUCUUCGACUGCCGCCGUGCCGACAACGAGACCACGCGCCCCAGCGACGCCGACGUGGGCGACACAACCGCGCACGAGUUGCCUGUCCCCGACCGGCGGCGCGGGAAGAAAGGGGAAAAAAAAUCUGGGGGUUCGGUCGACUGGCUGGCUGCCCAGCGUCAUCGCAGGUUUUCCACAGUGCGUGCGUGCGUGCCUGUGUGUGAGUGUGUGGGUGCGUGUGGCGUGUUUGCGCGCGCCGCGUCUGCCCCCAUCAGUCCAUCUGUUUCGCUCUCUGUGGUGGCCCCAGCCGGCCGCCCCCCAGCGAGUGAGACCAGGCCAGGCCAGUCUGGGAACGGCGAAACGGGUCGGAAUUUUCGAGCUAAAAACUCGGCUUGACCAUGGAUCCAAGACAGCACCAGCACCAGCACCAGCACCCGUCCCAACAACACCAGCAACAUCAUCAUCAGCAUCAGCGCCAGCCUGUCCUCGGCCCUGCCCAUCACCAGCAGCCGCCACCGCCGUCGCAGCAACACACGGCUCCCGCCCCCCACCCUCGCGCACCCGCCCUGCGCCCGGAACCGACUCCCGACUACCACGGCAGUCAUAGUAACAGCCACUUCGCCGUUGCUGCUCCGCCCGCCACCUCGUCAUCCUCGUCGCCCUCGCCAUCGCUCUACCCUCCCCGAGCUCCCGCUACGCGAUCGCCAGCCGCCAGCAACUCACCCUUCUCCUCGCGCGCCGCCGCUCCCUAUGCCCCUGCCGACCAUCGACGCACGAGUGACACUCCAUACUACCCACCAGCUGCUCGCUCGAGCUUGCCUGACCUGGGCCACAGCCGCGCCCAGAGCGCCUCGUCGCUCCCGUCAUCCAGGGACCUGAACCGCGCCAUGCCGCCGCCGACGUCGCCGCCCCAGCCAGGCGCGCCGCCGCCGCCCUCUCUUCACCAGCAGCAUCAAGCCGGCAUGGGUUUCGGACCGCCGCCCCCGAGACCGCCCCCCGUCGCCGUCGGGCCGCCGACCUCGUUUCCCUCUGGCCGGGAGCUCCCUGCGCUGAGCUCUCUCACGCGCUCCGGCAGCGGCGGCAGCUCCAUGUCCAUCUCCUCGAUGCUCGGCGGCCCGCCUCCGGCCGCGCGCGACUCGCAGCCGCCGCCACAACACUACCCUCCACACACCUCGGCGCCGCCGCCCGGGUCGGGCCCUGGCUACGCGCCGCCAGUCCACGCGUCGCCGCGGAUGCACUCGGCGUCGUCAGACUACCCCCCCUUCCGACGACCGCAGACCCCCGAUCACCAGCGACCGUACGACCCCCGCGGCGGCACCGCGCCGUCGCCUCGAAGCGGACACUAUUCUACGCCCGAGGUGCAGCGCUACGGGACGCCAGGGGCAGGAUACCACGCACGCCAUCCGUCGGCGCCUGCAGACACCUCCAGGGAGCCUGGAAGGAUGUCGGCUGGUCCGCCACCGACGGCCAGCGCGCCGCCGAAGCCGUACGGGGGGAUGCCGCCUCACAUGGGCAGGCCCGAAGACCAGUACGCUAGGAGGGACGAUCCCGGUCGGCCCGGCCCAGGCAUGGAGUAUCCCGAACGAACAGGCCUGCGGCCGUACCCCUACGAUGACCGAUAUCGAGCCGAGCGGGAGCGGCAGACUCAACCCGAACGGGAUCGCGAAGGACGAGAGCGCGCAUAUUCUGGUGGCGAUGCGCCUCGACACAUGAUGUCGCCUCACGAGAUGGGACAUCGCGAGCAGCAUCCCGGCCAAGGCCCCUACGGCCGCCCGCCUCCCGAAGCCCGCGACCAGCGCGAUGCUCGGGAUCCUCAGUGGGGUCGCCACGCCGCCGAGUCGAGCUACCGUGCUCCCAUGGAUCACCCGCGGCAGGAGUACCCCCCGUCGACGACAUACCCACCGCAUCACGCGGCAUACCAAACCGCGACCCCGGAGCGCUACCCGCCGGCUUCACACCCACCCCAACGCCCUCCGCCGCACGCAACUGCGCCGCCGCAGCCAUACGAUUCGCCUGACCGCGCCCGCAUGGAUCAUCUGCACCAACAACAGCAGCAGCAGCCACAGCAGCCACAGCAGCAACAGCAGCCACACCAUCCGCUGCAUCGCCCACGGCCUGGCGAGGAGGUGCCGCAGCCGCCGCCGCCGAUUGCGUAUAAUGGCGCCGGCCAUGCGCCGCCCGGGUACGACGCGGCGCGAAACCGAAGCUCGGAGGAGGCGUCGGGACCUAACAGCCACCAGCGGAACUUGCUCGCCGUGCAGGACAUGAAUCGCAAGGGUCGCCUUUCGCCUUUGCCCCAGGCCGUGCAAGGUGCGCAGCCCCAACAGCCGGGACCGGCGGCGGAGCCAGGCAUUAAGAGCGAGUUUGGCCGCAUGUUCUCGGGUAUUGGGAGCGGGGUCGGAGCUAUCGGGUCGUCGAGCCCCAUGGCGUCCAGCGCUGUAGCUGCGUACGGGAGCCAGACAAAUGCCAACAUGCCGGCGAAGCGCGAGGACGCAGAACCUACCGCUGCCGCCCCGGACUCUGGACCCGAGGCGGGGACCAAGCCGGCCAAAGGCCGGAGGCGUAAGCUCAAGGACGAGGACAACAAGGACGAGGACAGCUCGGGCCGGGUGACUCCUGGAGGACGCGCCAACAAACGCACCAAGGGCCAUCAGCACCACCACCACCACCACCAUCACCACCAUCACCACCACGGAGCUGAGGGCACCGCGUCCCCGACGGUGGGUGCGGCGCCCGCCAAGAAUUCCAAGGGAGUGCCGGCUGUCUCAUCCCCAACCGACAAGGCCGGCGGCCCGCAUCACCAUCACCACCAUCAUCACGGACCGAGAUCGACACAGACGCCCGUCGCGCAGGCCAAGCCGUCGGCCCCUCCCCCGGCCCCGGCACCCGUGAUACCGCCCAAGCCAAAGACCAUAAUCUCCAACAAGGCCGUGCUGGAUGCGGUCGCCGAUCGGCCACGUCACCACCUGGGCGACUUCAUCUACGAGCCCGGACUCAAGCCCGGGCGGCUGCUGCCAGACACACCCAGCCAUCGGGGCUUCUCGUCGAACCCGACACCUCUCCCUUGGGACACCAUCAAAGGCAAAGAAAACUGCAUCUUGACGGUCAAGGUGCCGCGGGUGCACCUAGUGCCGCUGGCUCGUGAAGAAAUCACCUCCAGGUCGUACCUCUGGGGAACCGACGUGUAUACGGACGACUCCGACGUCGUGGCGGCAUGCAUUCACAGUGGCUGGAUCAAGGGCGAAUGGGUUGAGGACGUUGACUCGUCCAUGCUUGACCUGGAAGAGGUGAGCCGGAGGAAGCCCAAGAGCCAGCCGACCGAGACCAUGCCUCCCGGCUCCGAAGGCCUCAUAACGGCGCCGCCUGCGUCCGGGCCGCUGUCCGUACCGGCUGACAGGGACCUGCAUGUCAACGUGCUGAUUCUGCCGCGUCUUGUGAAAUACGCGUCGACGACAAGGCAUGGCAUCACGAGCCGCGAGUUUGGUGGGCAGUUUGGAUCCCGCCACUCGGUCCAUGACGGCAUCAGCUUCAUGGUGAGGAGCAUACGCUGGGUCGAGAAUGGGGCGCAGCCGCAGGCGCGGCUUCGCGGCAAGGCACGGCGUGAGCGAAUGCGCAAGGUGAUGAAGGAGGUGACGGCUAGCUUCGGCAACAUGAACAGCCUGGAGCAGCCGCCGGCGCAGGAGCAGCAGCCAGACAAGGAUCCAAACGGGGUCCUGCGAAGCGAGAUCGCGGCAAACUGGCACAGGAAGGAAGCGGAGCAAGCCUUGACAGAGGCGGCCGAGAAUGGCGGCGGCGGUGGCGACGAGAAGGCACGCGACCCCAGCGAGGGAGACAAGGAGAAUUGGUUGGCCCAAGACAAGGCUGCUGCGGAACCUGCACCCCAGGAGGCGCCGGCGUCGGCAGCCAAGGAUGUCGAGAUGGCCGACGCGCAGGGCCCGCAGAAGCCGGCGGCGACGGAGGAGGGAAAGUGAGGCGCUGGCCCGACACCGGCGAGGAGGGUGCUACGAUGUGCCAAUUGCAUGCCAUAUUGUGUGCAUGUGCUUGGAUUCCCCAAGCGGCAGCGGGACACGGGCGUGCGUGUGUGCUUGACGCGAAUACCCAAACUCGAUAACAUCUAAUUGUACAUUUUGAC